AUGCGCGCGGACGCGGGAUGGCCCGACCGCGGGGAACGCCGCGGACGCGAGGGCGGAGGCGGCGGCGGCGACGACGACGACGACGACGAUUGCAUUUUCGCGUCGACGCCCGCGCCCGCCGCGCCUUCUCGCGAGCCGUGCGCGUGUCCGAUGUGCGGCCUGUGCCUGACGACGUGGACGCUGCCGGACCGGGAAGCGCACGCGGACGCGUGCGUCGUCGCCGCGUGCGAGGGGCGCCCGCGCGAGGCGCCGUCGAGCGCCGCGCCCGCGCCCGCGCCCGCGCCCGCGCCCGCGCCGACGUCGUCGUCGUCGUCGUCGCGCGCGACGGGCGACGCGCGCGAUUUCGAACGGUGGCUGCGCGCCGUCGGCCUCGCGCGUCAUCUCGACGCGUUCGCGCGAGAGGAGCUCACGCUCGCGGACGCGCCGAGCCUGACGAUGGACGAUCUCGUGACGUGCGUCGGGAUCGACGACGAGUCCGAGGCGCGCGCGUUCCUCGAAGCCGCCGCGGCGCUCGGCGGCGUCGGCGGCGGCGGAGGCGGAGGCGGAGGCGGAGGCGGAGGCGCGAGCGGUCGGCGGGUCCGAGCCGGGGUCCCCGUCGGCGUCGCCGAGGAGGACGCGGCCGACUUCGUCGCGCGCGAAGAGCGACGACGGCGAGAAGACGCGCGAGCGCACGACGACGAGUGGCUGCGGCUCGGCCUCGCGAUGUCGCUCUCCGAAGCGGAGGCGCCGCCAUUCCCGCCGCGAAGCGCUCCUCCGCCGCCGCCGCCGCCUCGAGAGCCGCUGGCGGAGCUCCAUCCCGAGCCGCUCGACCGCCGCGCCGCCCCCACGACGACCGCCGCGAUCGAACCCAAACCCAAACCCAAACCCGCGGCUAGGGCGGCCAAGCGAUCCGUCGACGCCGCGGCGGCCGGUUUCCCCCCCGCGUCGCGUCGGCGACUCCGAGCGCCGCUGUGGCGCGCGGCGGCGCACGGAGGGACGGAGUCGCCGCUCCCUCGCGGGGUCGUCGCGGACAUCCUCGAGGGUCGGCGACGACGGCUGGGCGGGGCGGGGCAAGGCGGGGCGUCGAUCGCGGGGCCUGGCUAG